CACACGCACGCAAGACACGGGCAAUCUUUAGUUUGGGGGACCCCUCGCUGCUAAAGCGUGUCCAGCGGACUACCUCUCCUCCUCGUCGUCUCGUCUACCCUCUCUCGGCGCCGCCCGUGUCGGCCCGGGUGCCCGUCAGUGCAGCGACUAUCACACCAUGAGGAUGUCGGGGAGGAAACGGUGUCCGGCGGAAGCAACAACAACAACAGCUGCAGCAGCAACAACAACGGGAGGAGGUGAUGAUGGCGGCGGCGGCGGCGGGGAUGAGAAGGAGAGCGCUCGGCUUCCCCCGGUCAGGAACCCCUUUGUACAUGACAUCCGCCUGUCAGCGCCCGAGAAAGCCAAGAUAGCUAUCAUGACGGUGACGCUGUUCCCGAUUCGUCUUUUCCUCGCUGCUUUCAUGAUGCUGUUGGCAUGGCCUUUUGCUUUCCUUGCUGAGUGGGGGCGGACUGAAAAAGAACUGGAGAAACCUAUGACCUUGUGGAAAAAAACUUUGGAUUUUCUGCUGAAAGUGAUAAUGAGAGCUAUGUGGUUUGCUGGUGGUUUUCACUGGAUGAGUGUAAAGGGACGUCGGGCUUUGCCAACUGAGGCACCUAUAAUGACACUUGCACCACAUUCUUCAUAUUUUGAUGCUAUCCCUGUCACCAUGACCAUGGCCUCCAUUGUAAUGAAGACAGAAAGCAAAGACAUUCCUGUAUGGGGAACAUUAAUCAAGUACAUUCGACCUGUUCUCGUGUCUCGUUUGGACCAGGAUUCUCGACGAAAAACAGUUGAAGAAAUAAGACAGAGAGCUCUUUCUAAUGGCAAAUGGCCUCAGGUAAUGAUAUUCCCAGAGGGAACGUGCACAAACAGAACCUGUCUGAUCACCUUUAAACCUGGAGCUUUUAUUCCAGGAGUUCCUGUGCAACCUGUAGUUUUGCGUUAUCCCAACAAAAUGGAUACGAUCACCUGGACAUGGCAAGGGCCUGGAGCGCUAAAAAUUCUUUGGCUCACCUUGUGCCAGCUACACAAUAAAGUGGAAAUGGAGUUCCUGCCAAUCUAUACACCUUCUGAAGAGGAGAAGAAAAACCCAAUUUUGUACGCAAACAAUGUUAGAAAGAUCAUGGCAAAAGCCCUCGGUGUUCCUGUGACUGAUUAUACAUUUGAAGAUUGUCAACUUGUGAUGUCUGACAGCCAGUUGAAGCUUCCUGUGGAUACCUGCCUGCUAGAAUUUGCAAAACUUGUCAGGAAACUCAAUUUAAAGCCUGAGAAAGUUGAAAAGGAACUUGAUGAACUUGCAGAAGGCGCCAAAAAGACUAAAGGGAAACGGAUGAAUCUGGAGGAGUUUGCUGAUUAUUUGAAGCUGCCAAUUUGUGAUGCAUUAACAGAUGUCUUUGUACUUUUUGAUGAGAAUGAAGAUGGAACAAUUGAUAUUCGAGAGUAUGUGAUUGCUUUGUCUGUAGUAACAAGACCAUCUAAAACUCAUGAAACUAUCAAAUUGGCAUUUAAGAUUUAUGAGUCAGCUGAAGCAACUAUAGUGGAAGAUGAUCUAGCCUGCAUUUUGAAGACUGCCUUAGGUGUGAAUAAACUGGAUGUGUCCAAAUUAUUCAACGCCAUUGAUGUUAACGAGAAGGAAAAGAUCACUCACAUGGACUUCUACGAGUUUGCUUGCAUGAAUCCUACUUACGCUGAGCAGUACCUUUACCCAGACCAGACAAUGGGUUUCACUGGCUGCGUGAAAAAGCAGUUUGCCACGACUGCUAAUGGAUUUUGCAUGGACUUCUCACCUGAGGACCAAGAAGAGGAAAGAGAAAGGAGUACGUUGGACAAAAAGCUUAACUAGCCGCUUAGGGAUCAUCCCUCUCCUGGUGAGAGGGAUAGGCCAAUGUUAGGGCACUACAUGUUACUUAACCUGAGUAAAUGUCCUUGUCCUUUCCCGUGUGAACUUACUGCCAUUUUUUCUGUAUAUUUAUCAUCUCUCAAAUAAUAUCUAUAUGUUGAGCUUGGGAUAGUCUGUUUUUGAAAAAAAAAGUUUAUUUUUUUUUAAAUGUAUCAGAAGCCAAGGUUGUGAAGAUGCUUAUUAUUUGUUAACUGUACUUGAAGGGAACCAAGCACUUAUUCAGUUCCAUUGUCGCAUUAUAAUCUGUGUUAUGGUGACUGUGCAUGUUUAUAACUUGUAGCUGUAAUUGUGGUAGUAUGUUUUGUUUUAGUGCUUUUAUUCAUUUGUUAACGUGUUUAUUUUGUGUAUGCUUAAUUUUAACUACAAAGCAGCUUUUGGGGGAAAAAUGUUUGCAGAAGAUAGCGUUUUCCCAACAGUGUUAUGAUAUAACAAAUUCUUUUGGUUGUGGUGCAUUUCGUUAUACAGUGAUGGGCUUUCUGGGAUACAUUGGUGUAUUUAACUUUGUUUUUAAGUACUGAAUGAAACACCAGGACUCAAGUUUGCCUAUUUAUUCCUUCAUCAUAACUAAAUCAUAAGGAAAAUUAUUUCUGGUAUGACUGAAGAAUAAAGAACAUGUACAAAUGUGAGGGAAUGCACCAUUCUUCAGGUUAAUGUGCGAUUAUUUUUCUAAUUGAAGUUUCUCGGUGCUCCUGGGAUUAUCUCAUUAUUCAGUUUGGGGAUGGGGUUAAUGCCCUUAUUGCUAUUUUUAAUAUAGCAAUAAAGAUGGUUUAAUUAUAUUCAGACCUAAUUAAUCUCUUUUUGAUCCAUGAAUUUUAUGGGUUUAGUCAAUUUGGUAACAAAACGUAUUACCUAAUGUACAGCACACGACUUGAGAGUAAUUAAAGAAUUUAAGAAAAAGGCAAGGAAGUUAGUCUGACUAGGCUAUUAAGUAGACAACCUUAACAUACAAAACUAGUCAGUAAUUUGAAUUAGACAAUUUUGUAAGCCAAAGGCACAUACAAUUUACUUACCUUCAGUAUAUGAAAAUAUUCAUCUCCAUGAGGUGCUUUGCCUUUUUUGGGGUUUAUGGCAGGAGAAAGUUCCUGGAACUAUUCUUGUUUAUUGCUAACUAAGAAUAUCAUAGAAAAUCUUCACAUUCCAACUCAGCUGUGGGCCUCCUAUGUUUGGGAUUUACCAAUAAUAAUGGAGGCUGUAUAAAUUAAUACUUUUUACAUUUUUUAAAAGUUAUGUCGUGAGAAUAGAAGAAUGAAAACCAGAAACGGAGGGUAAACUGAUGGCAACUUAAAUUUAUCUGAAAAUAAGAAAUAUUUCAACACAAAACUUUUAAGUAAAACACCUUGAGGAUGAACAUUACAGAACAACAAAAAGUGGAAAACUUGCACAUUAAAAUAAGGAGAAAAGGGGGGAAAGAUACACAUUCCGCAGAAAAUUAGCUGCAAUUUCUGACUUUAUAUGGUACUGUGGCAGUACUCUGGUCAGUGCUGAUGAACACUGGGAUCAAUGAGCAUUAAUGUCACCUGCAGAAAAGUUUCAAGUUUAAACCUUGAUUUUUAAAAGCAUUUUAUGCUCUGCACCACUGAAGUGCUUGUGAGUAUCUGGUCCAUGACCAUACUGGUGACUCCUUUAGCUCAGGGAUUACGCUUUUGCACCAGAGGUGGAUGACCUUUUCCUAUUUGCCCCUUUCCCCUUCCUGUGGCACCAGCAGGGAAAAAUCAUUACACCAAGUCUGCAUUAUAUUUGUUAUAUGGGUGCCAACUAAGUUACUGGCUGCCUUUGGAAGCCCUGGUGUUAGAUCCUUACUGCUAUCACGUGAAGUGAAAAGCUCUACUCUCGAAUGUUGUUGCUGGAAAUUAGGCCCAGGUUUGCCUCUCCAGCAAUAAUGUGUUUCUCCAUCAGGUGGCAGAGUGACCAUAGGCCCAAAUGGAGAAAAUUGCUACAGAGCCUCCUGGUUCCAUCAUCACCAGCAUUUGCUUCAGUAGAUUGAUAACAUUUGGAAGUGGUCUGGGGAGGGGAAAAAGGGGAGAAUUUAUAAAUUCAUAAAAGGUUGUUUCAACAUUUAUAGUGUUGUGCUGGUUUUGCAUUAUAGCAUGUAAAAUUAAAAAGGUGCAAGGUGUCUCCCUAGUUUUAUUUUCUUGGGGCUAUUGAUAUCACAUUCAUAUUUGAUUUCUUUAUUUCUGGACAGAUCCCUCCAUUGUCACUUCACAUCACAGAGAAAAUAGUUUAUUAUAUGUGGAGUGUUAUUUUCAUAUAAUGAACCUCCAUAAUUAAUUGUAUGUGCUCUUAAGAUAUUGCUGCACAGUACUGUGUUUUGGUGCAUUUUUAUAUUGUGGGAAGAUGGCACGGUAAUUGUCCCCAAACCUAAAAUCUACCAAAGCAUUAUACAGUGCAGUGAUCUAUUCGAUCCCUGUUAUCUGGAUAAUGAUGUGUAGUAAUGGGAUUCCCAAGAUCACCGAAUGGGAGACCUACAGUUCAACAUAUAUGGUCUAAGCAGUCUAACCUCUCAUAUCUCAGUCAGUUAUAAAAGUAUAAUAACUGAGUUGUGAGUAAGAGAGUUAACCAAAAGCUGUAUUGAACACUGAAGCUUGUAAUUUAUUACUGAAAGUAACACUGCGUUUUCAAUCCUGAGUAAUUCCACAAAUUUCUUAUUCAAAGUUAAUUGGUAAAGAGGUGUGUGUUGGAAAUAACACAUCUUGACACAAAGCUUGAUCUUGCUUUUUUUUGGUGAACUGAUGUUGGAUGAUAUGAAGCAUUAAUUGAUGAUGAACAUCCCACAGUGUUGAUAUAAGCAGCCUAGCCUUUGUAAAAUUAUCAUGGAAAAUAAUUGACCCAAUCUUGGGGGAGAAAACUGAGAAUUAUGGAUACUGUGAUGAAAUUUGUGUAUACACACUGAACUAUACACACUGGAACUACUGCUUGUAUAAACAAAAUAAUAUGCAAAAUAAUUAUUUUAUGGUUAAUAAUAAAAAGAUAAUAUAUGCAUGACAAAACUUCCAUAUGACGGUGAAUCAGAUCAAAGGUACUUGGUACUGGAACCUGUCAUCAUAGGGUCUUGAAAAUGCAGAGAUGUUUUUUUUUACAAUCAAGUUUGUAACAUUUUGAGGAAGAAUACACUCCAGCACAAAAUGAGCUUCAAUGACAAAUACGGUGCAAUGUGAAAACUUGUGUUGUGGACAAUGCUAAGAGAAUCAAUACAUUUUCUGUUCCAGUUUUUAUAUACAUUUCAAAAGGGAAUGUUAUCUUUUCUGAGGAUUUUUCAGCUUUAUUGUAUUCCCAUCUUACCGGACAGCUAUUUGGGUUUAUCCCCAUUUAUAAAUUUAAUUUAAAGAUGACUGGGUUAUAUAUGAUCUCAACACAGUCUCAUUGUGCAGAAAAUUAAUAUUUAAAAAAAAAUCCUGUGAAGAUUAGAUAUUACCUGUUAAUGUAAAAAAAGUCCUUGCAAGUGCAUGGAAAUAACCUUGCUUGUCCAUAACAAUGCCAUCAUUGAGAUUUGUAAGUUUUAGGAAUAUUAUCCAUUUUGGGAGGGGAAACAUAUUUGGAAAAUAACCAUUUGUACAUGCAAAUUUGUAAUUACAAAUCUUGUGUUUAUGCACCAAGUAAUUACAGUGCUUUUGAAAAUUGCACACAAAUUUUAAAAUAUUACUUUUAUAUCAAUAACUAUUGUCAAACAUAGGUCACAUCAUUGAUUUUUUAAAUCUUGACAUAUAUCAUUUUCUACAAAGAAAAUACCUCAGUAGGCAAGCUGUCCUGUUUUCUUGGUUGUCUUUGAAAGGAUCCAUGAAAUUGUACAGAAGGCUGCUUAUUUAUUUGUUUACUGCUGCAUUUUAUAUUUUGCUGAAAAUUGACUUUGUUAAAGCUUCAUGAUGGAAUUGAGAAUGGAAAUCUGUUGCAGUGUUUGAUCAUGUUUCUUGAAUUUUUCAUUGUAUAUAAAGGGAUUACUGCUAAAACUUACCUUGGACUUUGUGUUUCACAGUGAAAUUUGUGUGAAUUCAGAAUAAACAGAUGUAAAACAGC